UGAAUGACAAGCGGUAUCCCGGAGCCCGGGGAGGUGCGGAACUAUUCCUGCCGUGUGAGUUCAGGAACCAGGGUUUGAGGAAGUAGAGUAAAAUGUCGGCGGGCAGAUUAGAGCGAUGUAUCUGGGUUACUUUCAUCAGUCUAAUUAGCUUAAGUGGGUUGCUCGCUGAUGAAGUUAAAUUGAAACGUUCACCCUCUCCACAGAAAGCUGUACGUUUGUUUACCGAAGAAGAGUUGUCUAAAUACAACGGGGAAGAGGACAAUCAACCGAUCUACAUGGCAGUUAAGGGAGUGGUGUUUGAUGUCUCAUUGGGAAAAGAAUUUUAUGGCAAAGGUGCCCCUUAUAAUGUACUAGCGGGGAAGGACUCAACAAGAGCUGUAGCAAAGAUGUCUUUGGAUCCCAAAGACCUCACGCAUGAUACUACUGGACUCACUGAAGAUGAGCUGCAGUCUCUAGAUAAUAUUUUCAACAGUUUAUAUAAGACCAAGUAUCCUAUUGUUGGCUAUACUGCACGUCGAAUUCUUAAUGAAGAUGGCAGCCCCAACAAAGACUUUAAACCUGAAGAUCAGCCCCACUUCAACAUCAAAGAUGAGUUUUAGUGUCCUCCCCCCUUGCAUUCAAAAAGUAUAUUCCAUUUUUUUUGUAUUUAAAGUAUAGUAGCAGGUUGAUACACUAUCUAGUACUAAAUGUAAAAAAAAAACAAGAACAUUGUUUAGUUGUGUAUUUGAAGCAAAUGCCUUUGUAAGAUUUAAUGGCUUUUAAAUUGUAUUUACUCACAUAUAUGAUUAUUCAAUCUUUUGCAAGAAGAAUCUUAAUCAGGUAUGUCCAUAUAUGUGAGAUAUUAAAUCUCUCUUUGUAUUUUUUAAAAUGCUUGUUUUGUUAUUUGGUUUGAAAUGACCUUUUGUAAAGAUCAUUCAUUGUGUCUGAAAAGGUAGUUACUGUUAGGAAUUAGAGAGCUAUUUGUGAAUCUAAAUAGAGCCAUGGUUUAUUUUCCACCAGUGUUUCCGAUCCACAACUAAGGAAUUAAAGAUGACACCUUUUCCUUUG